CGCUGCCAUUUUGGUUCCGGGUGAGGGCCGCGGCGGGCUGAGCUUCCAGCGGGGAUGGGCGCUGUGGAGCCGCCUCGUUGGGAGCACGUAGUCUGGUGGAAGCACUCGUGUGUUAGCUAGCUACCUGCUCUUCUGAUUUCAUACGGGUUGCUGGCGGCGUCACGCAUUUUAAGGACCGCCGAGCAAAACAGAUGGAUAAGCACAGGGCCAUAGACUCAGGUAUAGCCAGGAAAAGAGACCUGCCAGGGAAUUAAAAAGGUUCCUUCGCUCUUGGAGGAAAGCUGCUUUAUUAUAAAUUGAGAACAUUUAAUCCAUUCACAGUAAUUUAAUCGGCCAAUACUUUGAAUAAAAAGGAAAAAAUGAUGUCAAGGCAGGCCUUUCUCUGCAGUUUGGGAUCUCUGUAUUUGUUCCUUCUGUUUGUAUUUCUUCUAAUGGAUGUUUAUGCAAGGCCUGCAAAUAAUUCUGCCCUCAAAGAAAAGCCAGCUGACAGUAAAGAUGAAAAUGAGAUCUUGCCCCCAGAUCACUUGAAUGGGGUCAAAAUGGAGAUGGAUGGACAUCUGAACAAAGAAUUUCAUCAAGAAGUUUUUCUAGGAAAAGAGAUGGAAGAGUUUGAGGAAGAUUCAGAACCCAGAAAAAAUAGGAAGAAGCUCAUGGUCAUCUUUUCAAAGGUGGAUAUAAAUAAUGAUAAAAAGAUAAGUGCAAAAGAGAUGCAGCGCUGGAUCAUGGAAAAGACAGAUGAACAUUUCCAGGAAGCUGUGGAGGAGAAUAAAAUGCACUUCCGAGCUGUGGACCCUGAUGGCGAUGGCCAUGUGUCCUGGGAUGAAUAUAAAAUUAAAUUUUUGGCAAGUAAGGGCUUUAAUGAAAAAGAGAUUGCAGAGAAGAUAAAAAACAACGAAGAGUUGAAAAUAGACGAAGAAACACAGGAAGUUUUAGAUAACCUGAAGGAUCGGUGGUACCAAGCUGACAACCCACCUCCUGAUCUGUUGUUGAACGAGGAAGAAUUCUUGUCCUUUCUUCAUCCAGAGCACAGUAGGGGGAUGCUGAAGUUCAUGGUGAAAGAAAUCAUCCGAGAUUUGGAUCAAGACGGAGAUAAGAAACUUACCCUGUCAGAGUUCAUUUCAUUACCUGUUGGUACCGUAGAGAACCAGCAAGCUCAAGAUAUUGAUGAUGACUGGGUAAAAGACAGAAGGAAGGAAUUUGAGGAGGUCAUCGACGCUAACCACGAUGGUAUUGUCACAAUGGAAGAGCUGGAGGAAUAUAUGGAUCCUAUGAAUGAAUACAAUGCCCUAAAUGAAGCGAAGCAAAUGAUAGCAGUAGCAGAUGAAAAUCAAAACCAUCACUUGGAGCUGGAGGAGAUCCUGAAAUACAGUGAAUACUUCACAGGCAGCAAGCUUAUGGACUAUGCACGUAACGUCCAUGAGGAGUUCUGAUUCUGCUCACUUUUCCAGAGCUCUGAAGCACUUUCUUUCUUUCAAAAAAAAAAAAAAAAAAAAAAAGAAA